UCAGGCAGAGAGGAGGGAGAGAGAGGGAGAAACAAACGCUGGGCAAGCACAAAGGAGGAGAAGAAGAAGACUGAUGGUGUCGUCGGAGAGAGCGCCAGCCGGAGGAACGAGAGACACUGAGAAAGACAGACAGAGAGAGAGAGAGGCGAACGGGAGAAGACGUUAACAACCGUCCUCUGGGCCCGUGUGUAUGUGUGUGUUGGUGAUCAGCUGAUUGGAACACACGUAUUGGAGGGCGGAGCCAUGAUGGGCAAGGACUACAUGUUGGCCAUCAUUAUAGUCAACUAUGAUGACAACAUCUGGACAGACCAGAACCUGCUGCUGGACCCAGACCUUCCCUCUGGCUGGAGAACCAUCAAAGACUCCACGGGAACGUACUACUGGCACGUUCCCACCGGCGCCACCCAGUGGCAACAUCCCCGUCUUACAGGGACACCGCAGCUGCUCGAUGCCCAGGAGGAGGCUGGACAGCAGAGCUCCAACAAGGAGACAGAAGGACCACCUGAGGACAGGUCUUCGUGGCACGAAGAUGACCUCACCAACCACGACCCCGACUCCAAGUGUUUUGCCGUGCGCUCCCUCGGCUGGCUGCAGGUGGAGGAGGAGGACCUUUCUCCUGGUCGCAGCAGCCUCGCUGUUAGUAACGUCAUCCAGCAGCUGUCUCACUGCAGCAGCCCCGAGCAGAGAGACCGGCUGGGUGCCUGGGGGGAGGGCCGCGAGAUGAUGCUAGUUCUGAAAAAAGACACCCUGACCCUGUUGGACCCAUUAGACCACACCCUGCACUGUCAGCCAAUCAUCAAUAUCCGUGUUUGGGUGGGCUGCAACAAUGGCAGGGACAGGGACUUUGCCUUCGUGGCGGGGGAUAAGGACAGCUGUGUGCUGAAGUGUCACGUGUUUCGCUGCGACGCUCCAGCCAAAGCCAUCGCCACGGCGCUGCAUGAGAUGUGCUCAAAGAUGAUGUCUGAGAAGGCUCUGAUGAGGCCGUCCCGCUCCCUGACCAUGGAGAGCAUCUCACCUGAGGACCUGCCGAGACAAGUGGAGUUUCUGGAGGCAGUGCGGCAGCAGGUGCAGAAGUUUGAGGUCCAGUACAUCGGCAACCUGCCGGUGUCGCGAGCCAUGGGUAUGGAGGUGUUGAACCGAGCGAUAGAAAGCAUCAUGAACUCCACAGACCGAGACGACUGGGAGCCGACCGUGAUCCACGUCACCGAUAACGUCCUGUCUCUGUGGAAAGGAGAGGACGGCGACGAGCCAUUCUGGGAGUGUCAGGUACGCUUCCUCACCUUCCUGGGCGUCGGUCACGACAGCCACACCUUCGCAGUGAUCGUGGAUGGCGGCACGCAGCAGUUUGAAUGUCACGUGUUCUGGUGUGAACCGGACGCUGGGAUCAUCUCCGAGGCCGUCCAGGCUGCGUGCAUGGUCCAGUAUCAGAAGUGUCUGGUGGCUCAGACUCCUCCCCCAAGGACCAAAUCAUGGCGUGCAAACCCGUCAAAGGUGAAACGGGCCAACUCCAUGGAUGGCGCCGCCUUCCCUCCCCUCACAUCCCGUCACCAUGGCGGCAGCAGCUCCAGCAUGAUGGCGCAGAGGAUGGCGAAGGGUAGCGGCAGCAGCAGCAGUGUGAGGAAGGGCAUGAUGGCGUUUUUUGAAACUUUCCGCAACAAACAGGCCGCCACGUCCUAAUGAUGAAGGCGGGACCACCAGAGCCCCCAGGGGUUAGGGUAGCUGAUUCUCCAGAUAUGUUACCCCUGACCACACUGGGCCUCCAGACCGGCCUCUGAUUGGCUGAACUCUGUGCACAUAGGGCUCUGGUGGUCCGCCUGGCUGAGUGACAUCACCAGCAACUCCAGAACACGAUGCUUGGACCACAAACACACCUGAAUCAGUCGCUGUGAUUGAUCAGCAGGAUGAGUGAAGGACGAAAUCGAUCAAAACCUCCACCAACACGUCCGAAAGUUUAAAGGCUAGCAGGUUCAUCGCUGAAAACAUCCAUCCACACCAUAAACAAGGCUGAGCCCUGACCUUUGACCCCUUCAGCUCCAUCUGUGCACAUAGAACCGAGGUUAUGAGUCGUAACUGAAGUUCAUUUUCUUGUUCCCUGUCGUCACAGCUCCUCCCCUCGAGGGGCGGAGUCACAUCUGCUCCUCCUAACUGUGAGGCGUUUGAUUUGAGAGGUAACAUCAUCAGUCUCUGUGUGUGACUGAUGAUGUUAGAGUUA